CACCUAAUCAUCUCAAAUCUCAUCUCUUCAGCUGAUAUCCCAGUACCUUUUGAAGAACAGUCUCAUAUUUCAGAGUACCUCCUGGAGCUUAAGUUGGUGUUUUACAGAUGCCUUCUGUGACCUGACCACCAGUCAGUCAAGCAGCCUGCGGCCGGCUGGAGAUCCUGGAUCGCAUAACUCGAGGGCUCCAUGCUGAUCUUGCUCCUUGGUGAUUUUAUUCACGGAAGUCGUCUUCUCCAGGCCCGUUUGGCGAUAGACGUCUACCUCCUGUUUAAUGAGACUGUUUAAGCGGAAGCAUCUUACAGCCGUCGACUGCCAGCAUCUGGCUCCGAGUCAUUUGUCUGUGGCCCAGCCUUUUGGUCGAAGAUGGACAAGCAGAGACCCGAACCAUGGACUCUAUCCUAAACCCAGAACGAGGAGAGGGAGCAGGGCUCAAGGAUGGCAGAGACAAAACCCUGAGCUCUUCCUAGCUGGCCAGCAGCUAUGCACCAAUGACAUGGCCAAAAGCAGUUCUGUUGGCCAGGACGGCUGUCAGGACUCUGAGGGCAACAUGAUCUUUGCUGCAGAGAGCAGUUGUGCCCUGCCUCAGGAGCAUGAUGGAGAAGCCAGGUCAGGCACAUCGCGGCCUCCCCUGCCCACCAAGCGGUCUCUCUCCCUUGAGGAAGAGAGUAAUCAGGCCUCAGGGACUAGCCGGUGGGAUGGAGUUUCUAAGAAAACCCCGCGGCAUCAUCUGUCCGUGCCUUGUCCGAGGCCAAGGGAAGCCCGGUGGGGAGCAGAGGACUGCUCACGGCUCUCCAUGGAGUCUGGAGAAACUGACCUUGACAUAGGGGACAUUGGUCCUGACCCCAUUCCUGACUCAUACUAUGGGCUUCUGGGGACCUCGCCCUGCCUGGAGGCUCCAAGCCACAUUUGCAGCCUGCCCAGCGAAGUCCUGAGGCAUGUCUUCGCCUUCCUGCCCGUGGAGGACCUCUACUGGAACCUGAGCUUGGUGUGCCGCCUCUGGAGGGAGAUCGUCCGCGACCCGCUGUUCAUUCCUUGGAAAAAGCUGUAUCAUCGAUACCUGAUGAACGAAGAGCAAGCUGUCAGCAAAGUGGACGGUAUCCUGUUGACCUACGGCAUAGAGAAGGAGUCGGACUUGUGUGUGCUGAACCUCAUACGAUACACGGCCACCACCAAGUGCUCCCCCAGUGUCGAUCCCGAGCGGGUGCUGUGGAGUCUGAGGGACCAUGCCCUGCUGCCCGAGGCGGAGGCCUGUGUGCGGCACCAGCUGCCCGACCUCUACGCGGCCGCGGGGGGCGUCAAUGUCUGGGCCCUGGUGACGGCCGUGGUCCUCCUCUCCAGCAGCGUGAACGACAUCCAGCAGCUGCUCUUCUGCCUCAGGAGACCGAGCUCCACGGUGACCAUGCCUGAUGUCACCGAGACGUUGUACUGCAUAGCCGUGCUGCUCUACGCCAUGCGGGAGAAGGGGAUUAACAUCAGCAAUAGGAUUCACUACAACAUUUUCUAUUGCCUAUACCUUCAGGAGAAUUCCUGUGCUCAGGCCACAAAGGUCAGAGAGGAGGCGGCAGUCUGGCCCAGCAAGAAAACCAUCCAGCUCACGCAUGAACAGCAGCUGAUUCUGAAUCACAAGAUGGAGCCUCUCCAGGUGGUGAAGAUCAUGGCUUUUGCAGGCACUGGAAAGACCUCCACCCUGGUCAAGUACGCAGAGAAGUGGUCUCAGAGCAGGUUUCUGUACGUGACCUUCAACAAGAGCAUUGCCAAGCAGGCCGAGCACGUCUUCCCCAGCAAUGUCACCUGCAAGACCUUCCACUCCAUGGCCUACGGGCACGUCGGGCGCAAGUACCAGUCGAAGAAGAAGCUGAACCUCUUCAAGCUGACACCCUUCAUGGUCAAUUCCGUCCUUGCUCCAGGGAAGGGGGGGUUCAUCCGGGCCAAGCUGGUGUGUAAGACUUUAGAGAACUUCUUUGCCUCGGCUGACGAAGAGCUCACCAUUGAUCACGUGCCUAUCUGGUGUAAGAACAGCCAAGGACAGAGAGUCAUGGUGGAACAGAGUGAAAAACUGAAUGGCGUCCUUGAAGCCAGCCGCCUCUGGGACAAUAUGCGGAAGCUGGGGGAGGGCACAGAAGAGGCUUACCAGAUGACGCAUGACGGCUACCUGAAACUCUGGCAGCUAAGCAAGCCUCUGUUGGCCUCUUACGAUGCCAUCUUCGUGGACGAGGCCCAAGACUGCACCCCAGCGAUCAUGAACAUCGUUCUGUCCCAGCCGUGUGGGAAGAUCUUUGUGGGGGACCCGCACCAGCAGAUCUAUACCUUCCGGGGUGCUGUCAACGCUUUGUUCACAGUGCCCCACACUCACGUCUUCUAUCUCACACAGAGUUUUAGAUUUGGAGUGGAGAUCGCUUAUGUGGGAGCUACUAUCUUGGACGUUUGCAAGAGAGUGAGGAAAAAGACUCUGGUUGGAGGAAACCAUCAGAGUAGCAUCAGAGGUGACACAAAGGGGCAGGUGGCCCUACUGUCACGGACCAAUGCCAAUGUGUUCGAUGAGGCUGUACGAGUGACCGAAGGAGAAGUGCCAUCAAGGAUACAUCUGAUUGGGGGGAUUAAAUCAUUUGGAUUGGACAGAAUCAUUGAUAUUUGGAUCCUCCUUCAGCCAGAGGAAGAGCGGAAGAAACGAAACCUCGUCAUUAAGGACAAAUUCAUCAGAAGAUGGAUGCACAAAGAAGGCUUUAGUGGCUUCAAGAGGUACGUGACCGCUGCCGAGGACAAAGAGCUGGAAGCGAAGAUCGCAGUCGUCGAAAAGUAUAACAUCAGGAUCCCGGAGCUGGUGGAAAGGAUACAGAAGUGUCAUAUUGAAGACUUGGACUUUGCAGAGUACAUUCUGGGCACUGUGCACAAAGCCAAAGGCUUGGAGUUUGAUACUGUCCAUGUUCUGGAUGACUUCGUGAAAGUGCCUUGUGCCAGGCAUAACCUGCCCCAGCUUCCCCACUUCCGAGUCGAGUCAUUUUCUGAGGAUGAAUGGAAUCUGCUGUAUGUCGCGGUGACUCGUGCCAAGAAACGCCUCGUCAUGACCAAGUCGCUGGAGAACAUUCUGACUCUGGCUGGGGAAUACUUCUUGCAAGCAGAACUGACCAGCAGUGUGUUGAAAACAGGAGUGGUCCGCUGCUGUGUGGGGCAGUGCAGCAACGCCAUCCCAGUGGACACUGCCCUCACCAUGAGGAAGCUGCCCAUCACCUAUAGCAACAGGAAGGAGAACAGGGGCGGCUACCUGUGCCACUCAUGCGCCGAGCAGCGCAUCGGGCCCUUGGCGUUCCUGACCGCGUCCCCCGAGCAGGUGCACGCCAUGGAGCGCACGGUGGAGAACCUCGUGCUGCCCAGGCAUGAGGCCCUGCUCUUCCUCGUCUUCUGAGGCUGAGCUCGGAGCUCGCCACCGGUCCGCGUGCUGAAGAGCCAGCGUGGGCUGCAGUGCCUGCCCCGGGACUCGGGGGCCACUCAUAGAGCUUUGCUGAGGAAGAAGAAGCCAACCAGUGUGGGACCUGCCAUUUCUCCGUUCCCCACAGAUAGCCAGUUCCCGCCGGCCUGUCCUCUGUACACAUCAGGCUGGGCAAGUGGGAGAUGUUCUUUUGAUAAAAAAAAAAAACAAAAACAUUUUAUGUAUUUAAACUUUUAUUACAAGAUUUCAAUUAAACAGGUAUUGUAGCACUGG